AUGGCGUCAUACGACACUGGAUAUGAAGACGAACUAUUUCAACAUCCAGUCGGCCCGAACUCUCAUUGUGGUAUUUGCUAUAAUGUUGUUAAAAACCCCGUUAUGUGUCGUCAUAAUGAACAUCUGUUCUGCCGAGCUUGUAUCACCCGAUAUCUCAUGAACUCUCAGACAUGCCCUUCGUGUUUGGAACCACUCACCGUCGGCACUUUGAGCCAACCAUCGCAGACCAUAAUGAACUUACUGUCGGAAUUGAAAAUUCGUUGCCAAUUCUUCAAUCGUGGUUGUGAAACGUUUAUUGAGUUAGGAAAUCUGGACAGGCAUGUCGCAGACUGUGGGUUUGCCCCGGCAGUCUGCUCUAAUGAAGGUUGUCGACUUGAAGUAAAUAAACAAGAUUUAUUGCGCCAUGAAACAGCUGUGUGUGAACUACGCAGAGUUCAAUGUCAUAACUGUAAUGACAUACGACAGGAGAUGGAUGUCGUGAAAGUGAAUUUGGCAGCAGUGAAAAAAAAGUUGACGGAAGUUGGUGAAAAGUUGGAUAGAAACGAGAAAAAGUUGGAUAUAAAUGGGAAGAGUUUUGAGACAAACGUGAAAGCAGUAAAGGAUGAAGUGGUUGCAAAAGUUGAACUUGUUCAAGAACAACUUAACAAGCAGGAAGAAAGCAAUCGUCAGCUUAAGGAGGAAAAGGUAGAAAUGAAGAAAAGUUUAAACGAAAUUACGAAACAACUGGAAAGAUUGACACAACAAACAUUGCAUGAAGUUCAGGCUGAACAAGAACAUGAAAAGAAAGGAAUUGCAGAAGCUCAUGGAAUGGACAGAGAGCCGAAGGUUGUUAUAGCUGGAGGCUGGAAUGGCCAAGAAAGUUUAAAUUCUGUGGAAAUGUUCAGUUUCUCCAAGGCAACAUGGGAACUACUACCGCCGAUGAAAGAACCCCGUCAUGCAACAUCUUCAGUUGUUUACAACGAUCAAAUUUUUGUCAUUGGAGGUUAUUGUAACGGUCGUCCAAUCAAGACAAUGGAAAAAUUAUCAAUGAAUGCUGUUGAAGUUGACCAGUCCAUAUCUUGGGAAAACUUUUGUGUUGAAUUACCUGCACGAAUGUGGGGACAUUGCUGUGUAGUUUAUAAUGAACGGUUGAUAAUGAUUGGAGGUGAUGAUGUUGAUAAACGUGCAUAUUCUGAUAGUAUUGCUGAGAUUUCCCUUGUUCCACCUCAUACCAGUAAAGUGCUGGCUACCAUGCCUCAGACAAGGUGGUUCCACAGUGUUGUAUUGUUUGGUGGUAAAAUCGUAAUUCUUGGAGGGAGGAAAGAUUUUUAUUCACCCACAAAUCUUAAAAGUGUGUUGUAUGAUAUUGCUGACAAUGAAUGUAAGGAGUUAGCACCCCUACCUUACCCCGUGAGUAACAUGGCCGCAGUCAAGUGGGAUGAUGAUAAUGUUAUUCUGGUUGGUGGAUUUGACAGUGAUGGUAAACCAUUAAACAAAGUUUUAAUGUACAACAUCAAGACCCAGAACAAUCGCAUGUUACCAAAUAUGAAGUAUAAGAGGCAAGGAUGUGUGGCUGCAGUUGUCAGAGACACUGUGAUUGUCAUGGGAGGCAAAGAUGAAAGAGGAAAUUACCUAAAGUCUGUAGAAUGUUUUAGAUUCGAUCGCUUCACCUGGGAAGAACUUCCAGAAUUGAAGGAAGCAAGAUACCUCGGCACCGCAGUCGUAUGUUAG